AUGGCUCAGCCCUUUUCUACCAUGGGAAACGGGAAGCCCGACAUGCAAUCUAUCCCCCAACUGCUCGGUCGCCAUGUGGCAGAGUGCAGCGUCACUGUGCUGUACAGUGCAGUACUCUCGUACCUCGCAUCACUCCCACUGACCAAAACGAUUGAGCUUAGCCUCAUCUUGCUCAAUUGGCAUCCUGACGACAAACGCCCAGAGAAGCGUCGAGAUUGCACAUCUGCUUAA